GUUUUUUUCUGUCUGGCGAACCGGCGAAGAAAGAGAACAGUGGGAUUUUCUACUCUAGAAAAUGAACAGGGCAAUUGUUAGGAGAAUUACGCCUAAUAUCCGUACAUGGAGAUCCACCCUGAAAACUUUCUGUAGUGAUACAAGUGAAAAGUUACAUGGUUCACACGGUGACAAAGCAGUUACAGACUCAACCGACAAUGUUCCUCAAUAUGAUGUUGCUAUUGUUGGGGGUGGCAUGGUUGGCAUGGCUUUUGCUUGCUCCUUGGCUAGCAUGCCAUUGACAAAACAUCUGAAUGUUGCCAUAAUUGAUAGCAAUCCUGCACUGCUGGCCAGAGAUAACAUCAAAAAAGAGGACGCUCCAGAUCCAAGGGUCAGUACAGUGACGCCUGCAACUAUAUCUUUCUUCAAAGGUAUGGGUGCAUGGCAGUAUGUUCAACUGCAUCGGCAUGCCUUUUUUGAUAGGAUGCAGGUUUGGGAUUACACUGGUCUUGGAUAUACAAGGUACAGUGCGCGAGAUGUUGAUAAAGCUGUCCUUGGGUGUGUUGUGGAGAACAAAGUGCUUCAAAGAUCUUUGUUAUCAUGCAUGGAGGACUCAGAUGUCAAGAAGAAAAUAUAUCCUUCUAGAUUGAAUUCAAUGACACUACAUAAAAGCUCCUUGUUAUCGGGAACAGACAGCAUAUCAUCAGAACCUUCUGGAAGUUUAGCUAAGCUGAACCUGAGCGAUGGUGAUUGUUUGUAUGCAAAGUUGGUGGUGGGAGCUGAUGGAUCAAAAUCACAUGUCAGGAAAUUGGCAGGAAUUAGUACAACGGGGUGGAAGUACCCCCAAAAUGCAAUUAUCUGUACUGUAGAGCAUACAGAAGAUAACAGGUGUGCUUGGCAGAGGUUUCUGCGUACUGGGCCCAUUGCCCUUCUGCCAAUGGGUGAUAAUUACAGCAACAUUGUUUGGACAAUGGACCCCCAACAAGCUGCAGAUCGCAGAUCAAUGACUGAGGCUGAUUUUUUAAAAGCAGUUAAUGAUGCUUUGGAUGAUGGACAUGGUCCGCGUCCUCAAUCUGAACGAAUUGGAGACGGAGGAAUAUUGGCUUGGCUAAGAUCCGACGAGACAUCAUCAGCCAGUGAGCACUUUGAAGUGCCUCCCAGAAUCACUAAAUUGGCCUCGGACAGAAUGGUGUUUCCAUUGUCCUUAAUGCAUGCCAACAAUUAUGUAUCAAAGCGUGUUGUUCUUAUUGGUGAUGCUGCGCAUACUGUUCAUCCAUUAGCUGGUCAAGGAGUGAACCUGGGUUUUGGAGAUGCAAAUUCUCUUUCAAGAGUCAUUGCUGAAGGUGUUGCUGUAGGAUCUGACAUUGGAGAGAUGACGCUUUUGAAGAGAUAUGAAUCAGAAAGGAAAGCCGCGAAUAUUGCAAUGAUGGCCAUUCUUGAUGGUUUUCAGAGGGCAUAUUCCAUUGACUUUGGGCCUCUAAAUGUGUUGCGUGCUGCUGCCUUUCAUGGAGUCAACUACAUCUCACCCCUGAAGAAGAAUAUCAUUUCUUAUGCUUCAGGCGAGCAGAGACUUCCACUUUUUACAUGAAAUAGAUGUAAACUUUUUUUUCUCUUUUUUUUUUCCCUUGUUUUGGAUAAAAUAUAGAUGUAAACUUCAAGAGGCAUUUUGUAUGUAGAUGACUAAAUGUACGUGCAUAAUAAGCUUGAGAGUACCCAAACAUCAGCUUCAGGAAAAAAUACAUACAUAUACAUAUAUAUAAGCUCAAUUUUCGUUUGUGAAA